CUCGCUCCGAGCUGUGCGGAGAUGCUGAGUUGUGCGUAAAUUCGCCGUCUCUCUCUCUCUCUCUCUCUCUCUCUCUCUCUCUCUCUCUCUCUCUCUCUCUCUCUCUCUCUCUCUCUCUCUCUCUGCCUCUCUCUCUCUCUCUCUCUCUCUCUCUCGUCUCCACCUCCUUUUGCGUCUCUCUCAUUCAUCUUCCUCUCUUGCAACCUCUCUCUCUUUCUGUAACUCAGCGACACAGGGGGAGAGCUACCGAGAUUGGACAAGCCGGGUCUCCCUUUUUUCUCUCUCUUUUUCCAGCGCGCACCUCGCUUGGUGUUUUUAUUACACCUUCAGCUCGGCUAGAGAGGCUCCGAUCUCCCCCCGCCCCCCACCUCAAAGCAAGACUCAGAGGACUGUAACGAGCACCCGUGGGCUGCACCACCGCGACUUGCGAUACAACAAAUAAAAACUGGCCGAAAAAAAAAAAAAAAAAUCGCACAAACAGGCAGCUGACACCGAAGGAUGGCUUCUACUUUCAGGGAGCGUAUUAUUAUGCGUAGCAAUAUUAUUAUUAUCAUCAAAAUGUAAUAUUUCGUUGGAGUUUGUGUUAUAACGAACUGCUAAAUAAUAAUAAUAAUAAUAAUAAUAAUAAUAAUAAUAAUAAUAAUACAUAAAUCAAUUAUAAUCUAUCUACAACCUGACUGAAUAGACUGUGUAUUUGGACUUCCAUUAAUAAACCGGACUCCGCUAUUUAGCCACAGCGGAUAAAUCGCUGCGCUCUGGCCGAGCGUUGGUGUCUCUCCCACGGCGACGUGAUCUGCCAGUCAGUGCGAGUCUCUGCCACGUUCUACCCACCCGCGACGGCUUCGUCUGUUCUGAAGGAGGAAAAAAAAACCUAAUUAAAACUACCAGUUACACCCGUGCUGUUUUUUCUGGGGUUUGAAGAGAGAGAGAGAGCGACAACAUGAAGCCUGCUCAUCGGUUCUGGUCCACUCUUGGCUUUAGGUGUCUGGUGCUGUUCGUGACCUUGCUAUUCCACGCCCAGCGCUCCGAAGCCAGCGAGGGGGAAACCUCUCCGGUCAAGCCCGUCGGCAACGAAACUUGCUCGAGACAAAAAAGCACCUGCACGGAUGGGGUGGUCCUCCCGGUGUGGAACCCCCAAAACCCUUCCGUGGGAGACAAAGUGGCCCGAGCCAUCGUUUACUUCGUGGCUCUGAUCUACAUGUUCCUGGGCAUGUCCAUCAUCGCCGACCGGUUCAUGUCGUCCAUCGAAGUCAUCACCUCCCAGGAGAAGGAGAUCACCAUCAAGAAACCCAACGGGGAGACCACCACCACCACCGUCCGAAUCUGGAACGAGACCGUCUCCAACCUGACCCUCAUGGCCCUGGGAUCGUCCGCCCCGGAGAUCUUGCUGUCAGUGAUCGAGGUGUGCGGUCACGGGUUCAACGCCGGCGACAUGGGCCCCAGCACCAUCGUGGGGAGCGCCGCCUUCAACAUGUUUGUGAUCAUCGCCAUCUGCGUCUACGUCGUCCCGGACGGCGAGACCAGGAAGAUCAAGCACCUGAGGGUGUUUUUCGUGACGGCCGCUUGGAGCAUCUUCGCCUACAUCUGGCUCUACCUGAUCCUCUCCGUCAUCUCCCCGGGAAUCGUGGACCUCUGGGAAGCGGUCCUCACCUUCCUGUUCUUCCCGCUGUGUGUCGUUCAGGCCUGGAUCGCGGACCGACGCUUGUUCUUCUACAAGUACGUCCAGAAGAGGUACAGGGCGGACAAGCACCGCGGGAUCAUCAUCGAGACGGAAGGGGACGGUCCCUUCACCAAAAUGGACAUCGAGAUGGACGGGCAGGUGGUCAACUCUCACAAGGAGGCCCUGGACGGGAUGCUGAGCCUGGCAGAGGAGACCCGCCAGGGGCAAGAAGAUGAGGCUCGGAGGGACAUGGCCAAAACCUUGAAAGAGCUCAAGCAGAAGCACCCCGAUAAGGACACGGAGCAGCUCAUCGAAAUGGCCAACUACCACGUCCUGGUGCAGCAGCAGAAGAGCCGAGCCUUCUACAGGAUCCAAGCCACCAGGAUGAUGAUCGGCGCGGGGAACAUCUUGAAAAAGCACGCCGCCGACCAGGCCAGGAAGGUGGUGAGCUGCCACGAGGCCCGAUCGGAGGAAGAGGACGACACCACCAUCAAGGUCUUCUUCGAGCCGUCCCACUACCAGUGCUUCGAGAACUGCGGCUCUCUGCUGCUGGCCGUGGCCAGGAGGGGCGGCGAUCCCGGCUGCACCGUGAAGGUGGACUUCAGGACCGAGGACGGCACGGCCAACGCCGGCUCCGACUACGAGUUCGCCGAGGGCACGCUGGUCUUCAAAGCCGGAGAGACGCACAAGGAGUUCACGGUGGGCAUCAUCGACGACGACAUUUUCGAGGAGGACGAGUAUUUCUACGUGCACCUCAGCAACGUCAGGGUGACCCGGCCCGAGGCGGGCGGGGACCCGGGUUCCACUCCUCCUCCUCCUAAAGCCUGCCUGGGCGCCAACCACACGGCCACGGUGACCAUCUUCGAUGACGACCACGCCGGGAUUUUCACCUUCGAGAGCGACGCCACCCGGGUGAGCGAGAGCAUUGGGAUUAUGCAGGUGAAGGUGCAGCGGACCUCCGGAGCCAGAGGCACGGUCAUCGUGCCGUACAAGGCCGUGGAAGGGAGCGCCAAGAGCGGGGACGAUUACGAAGAGUGCGAGGGCAAGCUGGAGUUCAGGAACGACGAGACCAUGAAGACCAUCGAGGUGAAGAUUAUUGACGAUGAGGAGUAUGAGAAGAACAAGGCCUUCACCAUUGUGCUUGGGGAGCCAGUGCUGGUGGAGAUAGGGCAGAAACAUGGAGACUCCAAUGAGAACAAGCCUUUCUCCACUGAAGGGGAGGAUGAGCAGAUUGCCAAGAUGGGCUGCCCUAGUCUGGGUGAACACACCCGACUGGAGAUCGUCAUUGAGGAGUCCUACGAGUUUAAGAGUACAGUGGACAAGCUGAUCAAGAAGACUAACCUGGCCCUGGUGGUGGGGAGCAGCAGCUGGAGGGAGCAGUUUGUUAACGCCGUUACCGUGAGCGCAGGUGACGAUGAUGAAGAGGAGAGCGGGGAGGAGCGGCUCCCGUCCUGCUUCGAUUACAUCAUGCACUUCCUCACGGUCUUCUGGAAGGUCCUGUUCGCCUUCGUGCCCCCCACGGAGUACUGGAACGGCUGGGCCUGCUUCAUCGUUUCCAUCUCCCUCAUCGGAGUGCUGACCGCCGUCACCGGGGACCUGGCUUCACACUUCGGCUGCACCGUGGGGCUCAAGGACUCGGUCACCGCCGUGGUGUUCGUGGCUCUCGGAACCUCAGUGCCAGAUACGUUCGCCAGCAAAGUAGCCGCAAUCCAGGACCAAUACGCGGACGCGUCCAUCGGCAACGUGACGGGCAGCAAUGCAGUCAACGUGUUCCUGGGAAUCGGAGUGGCCUGGACUAUCGCCGCCAUCUACUGGAAGAGCAACGGGCAACCCUUCAGGGUGAACCCGGGCAGCCUGGCCUUCUCCGUCACCGUCUUCACCAUCUUCGCCUUCUUCAGUGUGGCGAUCCUCAUGUACCGAAGGAGGGCCCCUAUCAACGGCGAGCUGGGCGGGCCCAGGACUGCCAAGGUCCUGACCACCAUGUUCUUUAUCUGCCUGUGGUUCAUGUACAUCCUGCUGUCUUCUCUGGAGGCUUACUGUCACAUCCCUGGAUUCUAAUCAACUUCUCCCGUUGUUUUUCCCUUCUGCCUGUUUCCUGUUCGUUUUGACCAUCUCCACCUCUGGUGAGUCCAUGGACAAAUAUCAUUGACCAUCUUGUUGACCAUGGCUUGGGUUGACCACACACAAAAACACACACACACUCAAUGGUGGCGAACUAAAGGUCAUAGACUGAACAAGGAACGACCAAGUCGUUCUUCUUGAUUUUUGCUGUAGGUGUGUUUUUGUCUUUAUGUCAAACCCAUGACAGAGCAGGGACGGACUGGAUAACUUUGUUGUUUGACUGUGAAAAUCCUGGAUGACUUAACAAAAAAAAAUGGAUUAUUUUCCCUCUUCUCCCUCCAAGAGAGGACCUUUUUCUUUUUGUUGUUUGAAUAUUUUUUUUUUUUAGCUUUUUUCCUUCUGGGAGACAAGACGACAAGUUGUUCGGUAUUUAUUUAUAGUUUGGAUUCCAUGGAAAAAAAAACAUGAAAAAGCUGGGAAUAUGUAUGCGCAUUUUUCAUUCAUUUGUUCGUUUGUUCAUCCACCAUGGAGAAGGAUUGCUGCUAUGUCCAACGGGGCAAGUCUGUUGUACAAAGUAACAACUAGAUACAAUGCUGUGCCAGAUGAUACCUUUAUGGAGUGAAGAUACUUUCUCUUCUUGUUCCAAACUGUGAUCAUUUGGCUGUCCACGAUCAAAUCUAAAGGACGUUUUAAAGCUACGCCCUAGAUUUCAAACUUUUGUUGACUUGCACGUUCAUGGUAUCCAUUUGUGUGACUCGAGAUCUCUACAGUAUCUUGUGCUCUUUCAAUCUGUGUCCUGUGAAAACCUAGGCAAAACACAAGGCAGGUCGUGGUUCUGUGCGCUAAGGUGUGGGGACAUGUAAGGCUGAAUGGUGAGGAAUGCAUUGCUGACACAGUCCAAGGUUCCAAAUAGAGUCUGCAAGAAGUGGCACCACUUGUUGUCUUCUGUUAAUGGUCAUUGAUGAAGGGCAAAGGGGCGGGGUAUGGGUCUAACCAAUUGGGAUCCACCAUUAUUUCCUGGACACAUCCCUUGAUUUUUUUUUUUUUAAAUACCAAUUCUAAAUGUAAGAAAUCAACCAAUCAUAGUUGCCAAAAUGCGUAUCCUUGUACAGAUCCUGUGCACGGAAUAGACUUGGGGAUUUUAUAAUAAGCUAUUGGAAGUGACUCUGCAGCAGCAGCUGAUGAUUCACCUCCUAGUCUCUGUACGUCGCUUUCGAUAAAAGCAUCUGCUCAACGACUAGUUAUUAAUGAUAAUAAUAAUAAUAAUAAUAAUAAUAACAAUAAUAAUAAUACAUGUAAUAGUAAUGCUUAUGUGCUGUGUGUAGGUCGUCUCUUCUUGUAAGACACAUAAUCUUUCUCAGUUUGAGCAGCUUCUUCCUUCUCUAUAUAUAUAUGCCAGCCCUGUUUUUCUGCUGCAUUCUGCUCUGUCAACUCAAAGCAUGUUCAAUCCGCGGUAAGGGAUACUGUAUAAAGUAGUGUGUGGGCGGUUUGAUUUUCUGUCCUGCUUCUUCUUUUUAAAUCUGCAAAAGCUGGCACUAGGACUUUCUGCAAGCCUCUGCUGCCUGCCCCCGAUUUUCCCUUCUCUACAGAGCUGCAGACCAAGGUUUUCAGACCACGGGAUUGAAAGAACGAAUCUUAGGGUAUUGCAGGACUGACACGGAUUUAAGAUGUCGAACCGGGAACUGUUGGGACCAACAGUGCAGCCCCUCUGGCACCAAUACCAUUCCAAAUUGCCAUGGUAACCACGGGAAGGCAGCCAAUAGGAGCUGCUUUUGCAUCUCUCCCCUCCCUUUAUCUCUGGGAUGAUUCAAUUGGCUCGCAGAUGCUAAUAGUGGUUUGCCAUAAUGGACACUCUCUGCAUUUCCCAUCUGCAUUAUAUAUAGUACAUACAGGGGUCCCCAGUAAAGCACUGGAGUGCAAGGUGAGUCAUGCAAGUGUGGUUUGAAUCCUGUCUGCGCCGAGCUGUGGUUCUUGGCAGGGAAAGGAGGUGCUGCAUUGGCUUUUGGGGUUUGGGGAGAAAAAUGGUCUGGGAAUAAGUUUAGCGACCCCUACUGGUCAGACAGAGACUUUGCAGGCUGUACCUUGAGUUACAUCCACUGAUUAGUUUGGUUAAGAGGAGACUGGUAUGACAGAUUGGCAAGUGGAUCACAUAUUGGGUAGAAAGACUGGGGAUAAAAUAGACCAAAAAAAACAUGUAUAUAAAUAAACAAAUAUAGCUAUUAUCAGUUUAAAUCUGUAUUUAUUUUCAGAUCACCCCCGUAGAUUAUACGAUCUGUCAGUCCCUGUUUUUUUUAAAGUUUCAGAACUUCUCAGCUUGCUUUAAACAGCUGAAUCUACUUUCUUCCGACUAUAUGUCAGAAGACUCCAAACCUGUCUUCUUUCUCUUCUGGCACGCUAGGCUGCAGUGAUUAAUCAUCUCCGUUAUGCAGGCUGUACAUAGACUUGCUGCACAUCUCUUCUCAUUGCAAUCUGUCAAGCAGAGGCAAUUCUUAACAUUUACUCUCACUCAAUGGAAAGAACAUCUCUCUCUGUCUUGGUUUUUCGUUCGCUACCAUCCUUGACUAGUACGUAUCAUAUGUAUAAGGAGUGUAUUUUGUUAAUUUAGUCCGGAAUAGACAAGCAUAGUGCACAUUCAAGGCAACAUUUGUAUAUAAUAAUUUCUUUUUUUUUAAUGGAGUGCCCAAUUAUUUUACAUCUGCUUUUCACCCCAAUUUAGAAUGUCCGAUUUAUUUGUCCCCCUCACCGCAGCGAAUACCCACACAGCUCAUGAGACCGGAAGGUUCAGCGGGCGUCCUCUGAUCCCGCGACCGAGCCAGCUUCCUCUUCCACACCCAGGAACUCCAGAGCGGAGGUCAGCGAGCUACCGGUCUCUGGAGGUCAAGCCCUGCAGGUGUCCCCUCUGAGCUCGCUGGGCACCUGGCCGGUACGGUCUUCUGUUGCGUGACAAGGAGAGACAGUCCCUGCCGGUUUUGCUUCCCUAACCCAACGCGACGUUCCUUCCAGAAUCCCCAGGGAAGAAUGCCUGACUUCACACAGUCAGGAGGUGACCCUGCACCCCCCUGGCUGUAUGUGCUUUUAACAGGUGAGAUCAGUUAUAAUCAAUUAGAAAGGAAGCUUAGAAGAAAGCACAGAAGCUUCAUCGGCUCAACAUUCGUCUACAUAACAAUGAAGGCAACAGUCAAUCCAUUUGUCAGCUUGAUUUAGUCUAAUUCCCUGGUUUAAGAUUUCUCUGCAGAUUUUACCAGUAAUGCAGCAUAACGGUUAGUCACUGAGCUGAUUUGAGAUACAGCUUUUAUACAUUUCCAGAACAAAUGAAUUGGUGAUUUGAGAUACAGCCCUAUUUUAUUUUUUAUUUAUUUAAUUUAACAUGUCAUAUGAUGCAUUAUAUCCAAAUGUAGCUAAAAGCUCAUUUUCAUAGGUAGUUACUAAGCUUCUAAAUAUAUGUACAAAUCCUUUACAGAAAGAUAGAUAGAUAGGUAUAUUUUUAGUCAUUGCGUCUUGCUGCUAGGAGACAGGAGCAGUCUAUGUAUACCAGGAAUAAUUGUACUCUGUGUCAAAGCAAGCUCAAGAGACACUGCACAGAAUAUUCUAUGAUGGUGCUUUUAGCACUGUGAGAUGGUUAGCAGACUACAAUAUAACCUAUAAUCAGAGUCAGUUCUGACGUUAAACUGAACCUUUUAAAAGCUUUUUAAACGCUUGGCAGCCCCAACACACAGACAGCCAAGAGCAACGUAAAACACAUUCUAAACAUAGAAUUUCCGGAUGAGCAACUUGAGUAUCCAGAGAAAAGUUGCAAAAGUACUGACUGAUGAGUAACUUUUUAACCAUGAAGCUUUUUAUCAGAAUUCAGUGUGCGUGUGUGUGUGGGGGGGCAGGUACUACUAUCAAUGUGCCGGAGAUAAUUUGAGAAAAUGUCCCCACAAAGAUAGUAACCCCUGAAGAAAACGACGCCGUGGGGACAUCCCCACUUUGUAAAACACCUUUUUAAGAACGAAACAUGCCUUCAAAAAAUAAAAUUAAAAGGGACAAAAUAUUUAGUUUGUUGUCGACUUUCACCCUGUGUGGAGUUUUGUCUGACUGUAGUUAGAAACAGUAAUAAAAAUAUAGUGAGAGUCAAUGAGAAGUCCUGACAAAUAUAGGAAUGCAAAUGUGCGUGUGCGUGUUUGUGUGUGCGUGCGUGUCUGUAUGUGUGUGCGUGCAUGACUGUCUGUAUGUGUAUGUGUGUGUUAUUUUUAAUUGAAAGAAGUGAACAAGUUGAUAUCGGUGUACAACUAAAGUAUUAGCCAGUCCACAUUAUCAUCCCAGCAGUGCCUUGUGGAGAAUUUGAUACAGGUCCUAAUAAGGUGGCCAGACAGUGUAUAUUAAUCUCCAUUCCAGAUUUUGCAUGAAAACGCACUUUGCAGAGUGUCUGGAUUUUUCAAAUUAGAUGGCAUUUUUGGCUUCCAGCCACACAGCGGAAAUCCAAUAAGUGAAAGACAACGCGCUCUUUGGUUAUUGUUAAGCCUUGUUGUACAAUAAUCCCUGGCUGGUCGACAUAUUAGACCACAUAAUGCAGCACUCCAGAGAAUGACAACGGCAAGCCUGCUGAACGCGGCCAGCUGAGGCUGUAUAAAAGCCAGCAUAAAAUAAUCAAACAAAAACAAAAACCACACAACAGGGAAGGAAAAAGAACAGGAAAAAAACUGGGAGCGUCAAGAGGCCGUACGACCCAUCGAGGCACAUCCCUUCUUUAUUAGGAAUUAGUCGUUUAGUGGACGCUUUUAUCCAAAGAGACUUAGAGACUAAGUAGGUGAACUCUGCUACAUCAUCAACUGCUGCUGCUGCUGCAGUCACUUCCAAUAGGAGCUCGUUUGUUUUACGUCUCAUCCGCAGGACGGAGCACAAGGAGGUUCAGUCACUUGCUCAGGGUCCCACAAACACAGUGAGUCAGUAGCUGAGCCGGGAUUUGAACCUCCUGGUAACAAGACCUCUUUCUCUAACUGCUGGAACCACUCAGCCUCCUAAACGCACUUUAAACCUCUAAGGGAGAUUAAAAAGACAGAAUCAAUAUUUUCUUUUUUUUAUUUCAUAGUGUUUUAGAUGUUACUUAUCCACUUACUAGGGUAUUCCAAGAAUGUUUAACUCUUAAAAACAAAGUUUUUUUUCUACCUUCUGUUUCUAAACUUGUCCUCUGCUUCCAUACAGUGCAUGCAGUGGCGCCCUAUUCUCUGUCCUAAAUAUGAAAUAGUCACUUAGGUUAACAAACCAUUGAGGAUUUUUAAAAAAUGUGAUCGAAUCCACACUUUUUCCAGGCUGAAGAGAUUUGAUUAUUUUAACACGCCAUUAAGUCGUGGGAUCAGCCUAGUUCUCCGUACCGUCUCAAGUGCAAUGAGGUAUAUUGUUUUCACUUCAGGAGCUACAGAUAAGAAACGCUGUACAGAGUAAUCCGCUGCGGGUGACAGUACGAUACAUACACAAUGUGCGAAUUAGAAUUACUUAUGGCAUCUAUCAAAAACCCAUUUCAGUUCCAGAUAGAUUCUUGCAGGACCCGCUUUGAUUAAUCCCACUCUGAAGGCAUUCACUGAACAUUCAUUCAAGCUUCAUGCAUUUGAAUGCCCAGUCACCACAUUGAAUCCAGGAAAUUGGACGUAUGUUGUAAAAUGCAUUUCUAUGAAGCUGUUGAUCAUACCACGGCAUUCAGCACCUUUCUACUGGAUUCACAGUUUGGUUAUAUUCCGUGAAGCGAUCUGUGGAUACGUUUGUGCGAAUGUGUGUAAACUAAUUGCAACCAAUUACUGUUGCACUGACUGGACAAAUAUGCCUGCGUUCGGCUAGAGCUAUGCUAUUAUGCUUAAUUAUUUCGCUUGAAUAGAACCGGGUGUCAGAGAACUAAACUUAAUGCUGUAAACUAGACCUGCUCUCAUCAUCCACAUUCCUAAAUUGAGAUCGCUAAUGUUAUGCUGUCAAGGUCUUUAACAUUUCGCUAAAAAAGAGACAUAAAACAAAAUCAUAUGCUGAUUUCCUCUGGGAUGUCAAGUCUGUGGUUUAAUUUUUCUGUCAUUUUUUUAUUGCACCGUUUAACCUGCACUACUAAUGGAUCGCUGCUUGCAUAAAACCGUACAGCUCUCCCAUAUUAACUGUCUGCCCUGGACUGGAGGAAGCACCCUUAGGAUUUCACUUGUAAUCUAAGCCAGCUCAAACUCAGCUCAAACUCAGCCCUCAAACAAGCCUCUCUCGACCGGUAGAUUCGUUUCUGUUUUAUGUUUUGCAUUUUACCCGCAGCGUGUCAAACAUUCAUUCAAAGCUGUUUGGUUUGGUUAAAGAAAAUGGCAACCUAACACAUCAUGAUCCUGACAUUUCUAUUGUGGUAUUUAUGUCCUUGACAGCUAGCAUCUUACUAGCCUGCCUUGUGUAUAUCUUGGGCAGCUGUAAUGUGAUUCCAAAUUAAGAAACAGAUUAUCUUUUUUUUUCCUGCAGUAAACAGACCGUAUUGCAACCCAUUACAGCUAAAGAUUGAAUCUCCAGUUGCAAUGCUGCAGAUGCUUCAUUCAUUGUACAAGUGUCUUUGCACUUUAAUUUAUUUUCAAAUCACACUUACAGCAAAAGGCAAUUGAAAAAAAUAUAUCUGCUCAACAGCAGGUUAAAGAAAAAAAAAACUAUUCUGUUGAAAUAUGCAUUGUCACUGAAUUCUAUUACAGCGUGCUAUUGAAACGUGCAGGGCGGUGUAUUGUAUUACGGUUGACGCAAAAAUAGAGCAUUGAUUUUAUAAUAGGGCAGCAGUGUGGAGUAGUGGUUAGGGCUCUGGACUCUUGACCGGAGGGUCGUGGGUUCAAUCCCAGGUGGGGGACACUCCUGCUGUACCCUUGAGCAAGGUACUUUACCUAGAUUGCUCCAGUAAAAACCCAACUGUAUAAAUGGGUAAUUGUAUGUGAAAAUAAUGUGAUAUCUUGUAACAAUUGUAAGUCGCCUUGGAUAAGGGCGUCGGCUAAGAAAUAAAUAAUAAUAAUAAUAAUAAUAAUAAUAAUAAUAUAUCAGUGUAGCUUCUGUCUACGUAGGGAGCCUGUGCAUUAGUCUGCUUGAUUUGAUUUAGGACUUAUAAUUAACCAAAUGCAGUGGGUCUGCUUUGUAUUUGCACAUGGAAAAUAAGAACAUGGCAAUAGACACAGUUCACGUCCUGCAAUUACGCCCCCGGUGGUAAUUCAAUUCAACGUGAAACAACUGCCCUUGUAAAUAUUUCUUUUUUUUUGUAAUCUCCCACCCGACCAGACCCUUGUCCUUUCAAUCAGUGCCUCUGGGAACCCGGGUUCAAUUUCCCAAUUGGGACACUGAGGUUCUCAAGCUACAAACCUGGGAAGCCCCUCUCCAAAAUCCCCCCUCAAAGGUCACAAAGAAAUCUGUGUGGUGAAAGGGAGGCUAUGCAAAACAGCGGACUGCUAACUGACUUUGUAAAGAUCCUGCGAGGGGGAAAAAAAAGACCCUGUAAAAAAACCACAGCACCAAGAUCAAGAACAGCCCCCAUAAUACCAUACCCCACUCCUACUGGUUGCCCCCUACCUGAUCUAUAAUAGUGCAUUGUGCAUGUUUUGAGCAGCGUCUCUUGUGAAAUGUUAGGACAUACUGUACAGAACAAGUAAAUAAAAAUACAUCUAUAUCUAUCUAUCUAUAUAUAUAUCUCGAUCUCUCUCUCUCUCUCUCUCUAUAUAUAUAUAUAUAUAUAUGCAAGGAGAUAAAGUCAGUUGUGGGCAGCCACCAGGGGGGGCUAUAGUAUAUGUGACCCCUAUAAGAAGUGUUAGUGUGUUCAUUGGGGUAGAUCAUCUAUAUUUUCCAGAUAUUAAAUUUCCUAUAAUGUGUUCUGUAUGAUUCUCUGUUUCUGUUAUUAUUGCUUCAUUGCUUAUAAAUAUUAGAGCAAGAAUUUAUUCUUUAAAAAAAACAAAAAAAAAAAAACAAGGCAGAAUUGAUCAAUUUGCUGAAGGUUACCCGUCAGUUUCGUUAGGUUUUUAUUUUGUGUCCAGACUAACACUAUAGAUUUUAUAAUAACCUCUGGUGCAAAUGGGAAUGGUGUCUAAGGAAAUGAGCUGGUUGUCAUUUUCAUACAGCACUGUGACAGUUGUAAUAUUCAUGGGAUAUAUUUGGGGAGGGGGAAGCUGUACAAAAAUGAAUUAUGUAAAUGAUCUCUGGAACCUUUGAACUUUUCCUUCAGAAAAAUGAAAUACAUCCCCCAGCCUGUGUGUGUGUGUCAUGUGUUAACCUACAAAAAUUUGAAGUAUGAUAUUAAUAUUAAGGGACUCAAUUCUGAGCUCUGAUUCGUUAACAAACCCUUAUUAUUUCCGAAUACUGUAUUGUAUGUAUGUAUGUAUGUACACAAAAAUAAAUGGGUGGGUAAGAAAAAAAAAGUGUUUUUAUUAUUUAUUUAUUCACGUACAGUAUAAUAUUAAUAUUUAAAAUCUUUUUUUUUAAAAAAAAAGGAUAAUAAAAAAUAUAACGGAGACCAUUUAAAAUGUUUGCAUGCUGGUUGCUGUAUAAAGUUGCAGACAGCAGUUACUGAUACAUGUGUUAUGCAAAAUGUCUUUUAGUAUGUGCUGAAAGCUUGCACAUGUCUCUGUGUGUGUGCGUCUCUCUCAGUGUUUCUGUUUCAUAAUUGCUGUGUUUCUCCCUUCUAUAACAUUUGUGUAAGUGUUGGUCUUCUUCUGUAUGUAUUUUUUAUUUAUUAUUAUUAUUAUUAUUAUUAUUAUUAUUAUUAUUAUUAUUAUUAUUAUUAUUAUUUUAAAGCAAUGUGUGAUUCAAGGGCCAGGACAAUUGCCACGUUCAAUCAAUCUAUCUGUCUAUCAAUUAUUGGUGAUGGAACAAGUAUUCAAAUAUUGUAAUGAACAUUGCUUUUUAAAUUUAGGGGUCCGUUAUGGAUUCUAUACCAUUUAUAGCAAGUUUUAACAAUGAAUAGAUUCUGAUUCUGAAACUAAAAUAGUGAUGUUUUUAUGUUAAAGUAUAAACAUUUUAUUGGCUACUAAUAAAAAAUACAUACACAUAAGAGGUUAAGAUAAUGAAUUAUGCUUAUAGUUUGGGUUUGUACUUUUUAACAUCAGUGAUGUAUAUGUAAUAUUUAAUUGGCCUUAAAUUUGGGGAAAGUGAAAGGGCGAUACGUUGUCGUUUAUCGUUUAAAAAACCUUACGAAGGUCCUGUCUCUUGAAUCUGAUUAUAUUUGUGAUUCUGUGUGUUUGAUCCCAUUGUGAAGAAAAAAAAAAAGCCUGUGUUUGUUCGAUCUCUUUUUUUUUUUUGUUCCAUAUUAAAAUUCAAAUGUUAU